CUUAUUUGGGUGAUUACGAUGGGGCUUUGAAAAUGGGGAGUACCAGUCCCGUUUUGGACCGUCGGCCUUAUUGCGUACUGUACAACAACGAGUCUGCUUAAAUGCAGAAUAUUUGCAGACUAUGGCGUAUUUCUUCCAUUCUGUCUCUCACAACUAUAUUUUCUUUAACUCUCUCGAUUUUUCUCUGCGUAAAUGGGAUGAUUGAGGAAAAAAAUGAGCAUCCUCUCAGUUUUGAGGAAGAAAGAAGCGUUUAGAGCUGCAAAUGGGUCGGAUUUGGUGUUGAAGAUUCUGUCAUUUUUUGCUGUGUUGAAUGUAUUUCAACCCUACUUGCAACUGUGUAAAAGUUUUAUAAACAUUCGAACGUUUUUUCAUUUUAUAAUUAGUAAACCAGCUUUGAAAGGGGUAAGUUUCUCGCACAAAAUGGUAAUUCUGUACCGGCUGCUUUGUUUGGUAUGAGCCGUGUCUUGAUUUUUUUCUUUUUGUUGCGCAGUAAAUAGAUAAAUGAUCGAAGCAUCGAACUUUGGUGCAUUCUGAGCCAUUGAUUUCAAACCAGAAAUGUUUUUGUUAAAUUAACAAUUAUGGGAAAACACUCUUGAACCCAUGUGAGAGUGGUGGAGAAACCCUCGAAGCCCCCCUCAACUUCAAGAGGUACCACUCAGCUUUGGGCAAGAGCAACGGUACUCAUGAAAAGAGAUUUAUUUACAAUCAGUUGAAAUAUCUCAAAGAGGGUUAUAGCAUAUCUGGGUCUCAGCAAAACUUCGGUGGGAGAUCAAGAUCUUCGUAACAUCUUAAAAGAACUUCCUGUCCUUGACGAAAUUUGUUUACUGCAUAUGGAAUAAAAAUUUUCUAAAGGAAACUACUCUCAGCUCCCAUCUGAAGCCCUUCGCCUUGCUACUGCCCAUGUGUUGAUUUUCCAAGAAACAGUUGAAAAAGUACUCGUGGCCGGUGAGCAUUUCGGCCUCUGCUUUUCAAUGGAAGAGAAGAGUGAAAAAAAGCCCUCCCCUUUUACUUCUUCGUCAGUGUAUAAGGACAACAGCAAAACUGUGGAAGAGUGUCAAGACAUGAUCCAGAGGAGCUUCCGGAGCCCAACGGUGAAGUUCCUGAGGGAGCAUCUGGAGAAGUCAGGGUGUCAUGUGCAGGAUAGAUUCAUCAAAGCAGUUGAGUGUGAUAAGAAGAUAAGUGGCGGGUAUGUUCGAGGCGAAGGGAUCUUGGUUUGCAGUAACCAUCUGAGCCUCCAAGACGAGGUUGACCAAGUGGUGAUCCAUGAAUUGAUUCAUGCAUAUGAUGAUUGUCGGGCUGCAAACUUGGACUGGACAAACUGUGCUCAUCAUGCAUGCAGUGAGAUACGUGCAGGUCAUCUAAGUGGUGAUUGUCACUACAAACGUGAAUUUUUGAGGGGAUAUAUGAAAAUACGAGGCCAUGAACCAGAAUGUGUGCGAAGACGUGUUCUGAAGUCUGUACUGGCAAACCCGUAUUGUUCAGAAUCAGCUGCCAAGGAUGCAAUGGAUGCCGUUUGGGAUGUCUGUUACAAUGAUACAAAGCCAUUUGACAGGGCUCCAUAGGAUUCAUGUUGUGUCCAAGCUACAUGCAGUUGCAGCAGCUUUGUUUUGUGGCACUUCAUUGAAACCCCAAUUUUUCCCUUGAUGCCUGAUGGAGUUUUCAUCUGCACAUAAAAUUGCUGACAUUUAUUCUUUCUCCCAUUUUUGCAAAAUUAUUUUGGCUUCAUCUCACAUAGUCCAUUUAUUGGUCAAUUGUAUUUUCUGCAACACUAAAUCAUCUUGAAUUUUGUGAGCCUAUAGGGAGUAUCUUUGAGAAGUGUUGACAUACAGAUGCAUGUAUUUAUGCUGAGGUUCUUUGCUGAGGGCUCGUUUAUGCAACUAUUGAUAGCUUUUUAUUUA